UGAAUUGAUGUUUACCACACUAGAGAUGAUAAGCGACACUGAAUCAAUCAAAAGAAGAGACUACCAGUUUAUUAUAUCUAUCCCAUAAAGACACCAGGCAGAUACAUCAUGGAAGUACAUGUAUUUGGCAUACUGCUUCUCUUCAUUGGGAGUGUAGCCAGCAUUGCAACGAUCUGUCCUGUUGGUUGGCAGCGAUAUGGAAAGGCUUGCUAUUUUGUGAUCAAGGAACGAAAGAGUUGGCACAAAGCAAAAAGUAUCUGUGCUGCUUCUCAUGCAAGCCUUGCAGUUCCCAAUUCAUCGGAGGAACAGACAUUUAUAUGGGAAUUACUCCAGCAGGAGUUUCAUCCUGAUGGUCCUGUGGAUGGAGCCUGGAUUGGCUGCGAAGACAUCGAGAAGGAAGGUGAUUGGCAGAAUUGUCCUCUGACAGGUGAUGAGACCAACGCGUACCAGAACUGGAGGGAAGGGCAGCCUGACAGUUGGAAUGCUGCAUCUGAUUGUGCAUUGAUAAUCAAUUCAGCGGGUGGCAAAUGGGAUGACCAGUCUUGCACUAAUCCCAGGUAUGCAACAUGUGAGCUUGCUAUCAUCGACUACGACCCUCUAUUCUGCCUUCAGAUCGGCUCUGAUGGUCGCAUCACCUCCCCGUGCCUCACUGAUAAUCACAUCUUGAUGGAGUUACAGGCUCAGGGUCUGGUGUCUUGUGGCAAGGCCUGCCUCUCUCAUCCCAAAUGUAGCUCCUUCAAUCUGAAGGACCAAGGCCAGGGCAAGAUGGUGUGCCAGCUGAAUGACCUCGCCCUUCAAAAUGCAGCGGCUGAAGAUGUGGUGGAAAUUCAGAACUGCUACGGCCUGGAUCUGUAGAAACUGGUUGCAUGAAGCAAACUGAUACAAAAAAUAUCCUUUAGAAUGCUCUCAUGAGCAGGUACAUGGGCCAACAUUUUCAAUGCAAGUACAUGUGCAAAGCGCAGUGGUGGCUUACAUUUUCACAGCUGAUAGUGAAUGACUAUUUUGCAGAGAUUUGUUGUGAACCGCUUAGAUGUUGCAAGGAUUUACAAUUUUGGAAACACUUGUACUAGUCUGUUAGUACAAAAUUUGUCUUGGUGAGUGUUGUGACUGUUUAAAGUAAUUUGCAUAGUAUAUAUAUUAAUGGUACUUUUUGCACUGUAAUUAGAAUUGUUUGUGGUAGAAAUAUUUAGGAAAUAUUGUGUGGUAAAUAGAAACAUGUCCUCAUUUUUAGGUAUAUAUUUUUUAAAAGAAAUGGCAUAAGAGGACACACUAACAGUUGUGAAUGGCAACUGUUUCAAAAUUGUGUGUUGGGAUCACUGCGAGAACAUAAUGAUCACUCAAAUUUAUUGCACUUUUUAAUGUUACCUUUUAACAAGGAAUCUGGAAAAGAAAUAGUCAAUAUGGUUUAAUGUUGUUGCACUAAUGAUACCUAUGAAAAGUAGGUUUUUAUUACAC